CACACAGACACACACAGACACACAGACACACACACAGACACACACAGACACACACACACACACAUAUAUAUAUAUACAUAUGCCGAUUCAAUCUGUGUUAUAUGUGUCACCACAGGCGUAUCUAUACAUGCUCAGAAUUCACAUACACUUAUAUUGGUGCUGGAAGUUCACAUACAAAUAUACUCCAUUGCUUUUGUAAUGAAUUAUGAUUGUAAUUGCAGAUAUUUUAUAUUAUGUGCAUGGUUGAUCGGUUGUGCAAGUAGAUGUGCGGUUUAUGGACAGAUUUAUAUAAUCGACUGAGGCCUAAAGCACCAGACUCUCUGUGUGUUCAGAAUAUUAGGCCCCAAACGGCAUUACAGUAUGUCGCUAUCCGAAGUGAGUUUCAUGAAUGAACUCGUAUUUUGGUUUGCGUAGCUACGGGUCCGUUGAAUCAUGCGCUGGUUUACUCGCUCAUGUAGAAUUUCAAUACGGGCGCUACAUACGAAAAAAACUCGCCACCACAACGGCACGCAUGCUCAUCCAUCAGCGAUAAUCAAGGGGCUUGUGCAGCACAACCGGUUGCACACAGACUAAUCAGGUGUAGUAUAUAGCCCUGAAUAUUAGAUGUAGUAUACAGCCCUGCUCAUUAAACUUUAUUCCCCGUACAUGAAUGUCUUCACAAAUAGGACUUGGCUAAUGCCGUCAUUUCGAUUAUGUACUUGUAGAUGACACCAAUGAUAUGCCCUGGAUGACCGAUGCACCUGGUUCCGAGGGCCAAAAACAGAAGUUACUGGAUUGGGACGAAGAUGGCUCACCCUACCGGACAAAGUAUAAGCUCAUUGAGCAGAAAGUGGCGUACGAAGAAGCGGCUAAAGAGCACCCCAGUGGUUCACAGAAAAUGGAAGCCAUGCUCGUCAAGAGAGCGAUGGCACUGAUCAGGUACUACCGGUACAUCAUUCCCGAAACCGAAGUGGCGGAGAAGAUGAAGAAGACGGGCCUACUCUCCAACGAGUUGUACGAUAGUGUCAUGCAGGAUAAGAAGUUCUUUGAAAAUGAGCAAGAGACUAUUGUGCAGUUGGCGGCCGAGAUGUUCAAGGAUAAGCAGGGACACAAGCGCAUCUUCGGAGCGGCUCACCAACAGCUGGAAAUUGAAAAUCCGGAACUGUACAAGCAACAAGCACUCGACCAGAAACAACGGAAGAACAUCUCUGGCCAAGGGAAAGGAGGGCAUCAUGGUAACAGUCAUGGGGGCGAGGAAAGACCGAGACAGAGCGCUGCGGCCAAGAAAAAGGACGAAUUAAAGACCCAAGAAAAGGAGAGACAGAGGAAUAUCAAGAAGAACACUGCCAAGAGUCUCGAGGUGAUGAAGGAGCUGAUGCGAGAGGAGGGUAUUGAAUUCGAUGGCGAUGGCAAUCCUAUUGUGGAAACGAAGCAUGCACACAAGGGGAAGAAAACGGACAAGACGCCGUCAGGCGCUACGAAGAACAAGAAGAAAAAGGGCAAGAAGUGAGGAGCAGGAGAGAAAAAGAGGAGUAAUGGAGCAGUGCCAGAGCGAGAGGUGACAACGGGGGACUGUCGGCUGUGUAGGGCACGAAUGGCGGGUGCGUGUGCGUGUACGGGUUGAUUGUUGAGGUGCGAAGAAUGCCUUUAGUGGGUGUGUAGGUCGUGUACAAUCAGGUGCAUGUGCCACACCCAGGCCAAGCGGAGAUAAGCGCAACGACCUUCACAGCCGUGCAAUUGACAAGGGAGCAUACGAUGCGCCGGGUGGCAUGUCCACUGCGACAGAUCUGAACGGACGGGGCCACUGUUCACCAAUCCCUCUGGCGCAAGCACUCGAUCGCGUCUUGCAGAUGUCUUUCUGUUGCAGUAGGCAUGGAUGCUACAUAUCAUUCGCCAGCCUCCCGGACGGACUCUGGGAAGGAUUUAUGAGUAGAUGCACACGAUUGUUAAUUGGGUGCAGCGGUCGGAGGUAUUUGGGAAAGGCUGGUAUAAUGAUUGCGUCUACCCAUGAUUUGAGGCUGCUUGCUUUGACCUCUGAACCCUCACUGAGAGGUGAACGGUGUGGUAUCGAGCGCUCUGUGUGUAUCGGAUUGGCGAGAGAUUGGCGGAGUGUAUACCAAAGUGGAAUAAUAUUGAGGGAGUGGAAUAUUAUCGAGAGAGCGAUGAAGAAUGCGGGGGUGAAGUCCGAAUUCGAGUGUAUUAGUACUAGCGAUGGGGAUCCUGAUGAUAAUCUGACUUAUCAACGAGUGCGAGACAAAGGCCUUGUGAUAAAUUUUUGUACAUAUGACUAUAAUAUCCAAACGUGGCUGUAUGGAGAUUUUCAUUGCUUGUGAUACAUGUUUGUAUAUACGAGUAGGAUGUAGGAUUAUUUAAACACGGCUGUAUUGAUUUUUCAUUGCUUUCGAUAAAUUUUGGU